AGUUGCGCGGUAGGCCCAAUAAAAGAGAAAAGAAAAGAAAAAGUGGUAACGAAUCGACCAAGUCUGAACUUAAUUAAAGUGAAAAGAUGCAAUGAAGUUCAAUCGUCAUUCUGUUCUGUGCACUUGCAUUAUUAACAUCUAAAUAAAAACUUAUUUUCUCUUUAACACGUAUAUUAUUUUUUUUAUUUGUUUUUUUUUUCUUAAGUAUUGUGAGGCAAUCGACGAAUCAGAGAUAGAAAGAAUUAAAAAUGGCAAUUUCAUAUUCAACAGUAGAAGAUUUAUUAGGGCAAAAGCUGGACAAGAUGUUCGGUGUAAAAUAUAGUUUUUUACGUGUUAAUCCUGGAAACUGUUUACUACCACCAAAUUAUGUUUUUAUUGGGCAAAAAAUACGUGACUUGGAAGUACGUGAUAGUGAUGUCUGGUUGGUGUCUUAUCCCAGAACAGGAAGCCAUUGGGUACAGGAAAUGGCAUGGUUAAUUGGCAAUGAUUUGAAUUUUGAAGAAGCUCGAAAAACUCAUUUUGUACUAAGAAGUCCUCUUUUAGAAUCAUCUGCUCUAAUGGUUAAUGGAUCAUUUGUUGAAUGGUUUUCAAAACUAGGAGAGUCUGUUGAGACGGUAGAAAAGUUACCCAGUCCACGAUAUAUAAAAACUCACUUGCCGUUAGAUUUACUUCCAAAACAACUUUUUGAGAAGAAACCAAAGAUAAUCUACAUUACGAGAAAUCCAAAGGACAUGUGUGUAAGUUUUUUUCAUUAUUGUAGACUUUUUCAUGAUUUUCAUGGAUCUUUUGAAGAAUUUGCUGAACUAAUGUUAGCAGAUAAUGCUCCACCAGGACCUUUUUGGAGUCAUGUUUUACCUUUUUGGGAACGUCGUCAUCAAGAAAAUAUUCUUUUUCUUACUUAUGAAGAAAUGAAAAAAGAUCAAGAAGCAGCUAUAAAGGAAACAGCAAAAUUUUUAAAAAAAAAAUUAACAGAUAAUCAAAUCAUUCAAUUGACUGAUCACUUAUCAUUUUCAAAAAUGGCAGCUAACCCUUCAAUAAACUUUGAACAAAUAUUGGCACAAAAAAAUGUCUGUUCAAAUGAUCCCAACACUAAAUUUAUUCGUAAAGGUAAAGUGGGUGAUUGGCGUCAUUACAUGACUGAUAAUUUAUCAUGUAAGUUUAAUGACUGGACUGACAGAAAUCUUAAAGGAAUAAAUCUAAAGUUUAUGAUGGCUGAUUUUCAAGAUUGAAUUUUCAGGAAAAUUUUAUUUCUUUUAAACUGUAUAAAGGCAUAUUUACUCUUACUCUAACUUACGAUAUAUCCCUUUAUUGUACAGUAAA